AUGUCGUCCUUUUACGGGGCCUACAUUCCCUGCCUACGCCCAUACCCCUUCACCGACCGCCCCCACUCGACCACCUCUCCUUCGCAUGACGCCGGACCACUACCACGAGACUAUCCGAUCAGUAUACUGCGCAUCAGCGAGGGUAAUUACGUUGGAACGGACGGUACAGGUUACUUGGUGAGUCGCGUCCCACCGUAUACAGCCCUCCUCCUUCCUUCAUCACCCUUGUCUGCAACACGCAUCUCUGACUCCCGCACAGACGACACGCUCGCGGGGCGUCCCUCCUCGCCCAUAUUCCUCUCUACGUCUGCACCGUCUGCCGCCCACUCCCUCAGACCACACGCUCAUUACACUUCUCCUCCGCGUCUAGUCCUCCACCGGACUCUUGGGCUCGCUCGCCUUCCGCCCGCUCCCUCGCCCGACUCGCGCCGGCUCCCGCUGACGGCACGCGCUCUCUAUCCCUUGCCCGACUCGCGCCGCUCCCUCAGACGACACGCGCGUCGCAAAUCGCGCCCACACAUCUCACAGGCACGCGGGGUGUGCCUCCUUCCUUCCCCCGCGAUUCCGUGUCUGCCAGCCCACAGGAGCGUUGUGUCCUCCCAACGCGCGCCCGCUCCCUCUGACGAUACGCACCCACUUCCUCUGACGACUUGCGCCCGCACACUCCCGCUGAUGACCCGCGCUCUCUGUCUCUCGUCCGACUCGCGCCGGCUCCCGCUGACGAUACGCGCGUCGACCGACUCGCCCCCGCACACCCCUGCUGACGACACGCGCCCUCUAUCCCACGCCCACGAUUCCGUUGCCCACCCACACGACGUGCGCGCGAAUCCGCCUCCACCCUACAUCAUCCCUCAUCGCCAGCUUCCUCCUCCCCUUGUGGUCCGUCCGCCGAUCUUCUCUCGAUCCCUCGUCACUCCACCUGCGACACGCCUGUGCCCUGCCCACUCUUGCCCGCUGAGACAACGAGCGUGCGAGCCUGCCUACAGCAUCCCACGUCCCUCCACGCCCACCUCCUUGUCCACAACGGAUCCUAGUGCCGUCCUCCUCCUCGAUCCCUCGUCCGCGAAUACCUUGUGUGUGCCCGACUCGUGCGCGCUCGAACGACACGCUUGCGGGUCCUCUACCUGGCUCCUGCGUCCCUUCUCGUGUGGUCCCUGCGUCGGCCAUCUCCCGCAUCCCUCGACCACGAGUCUCUGA